AUGUCUUCAAUUGUUACUGCUGGUGUUAUCAACGUUCCACGUUCUUCUUCUUCAUCAAAGAGCCUCUCAUUCUCAUCAUCAUCCCUCUCCGGUGACAAAAUUAUUAAUGUUUCACGUGGUGGUGCACCAAGAGGAAGAUGCACCCGCAAGCAUGUGAUUGUUACACCUAAAGCUGUUUCUGAUUCACAGAAUUCUCAAACUUGCCUUGAUCCUGAUGCUAGCAGAAGUGUGCUUGGAAUCAUACUCGGAGGUGGUGCUGGUACUCGACUUUAUCCACUCACCAAGAAGAGAGCAAAACCAGCUGUUCCUCUUGGAGCUAACUAUAGACUCAUUGACAUUCCUGUUAGCAAUUGUUUGAAUAGCAACAUAUCUAAGAUCUAUGUUCUUACUCAAUUCAAUUCUGCGUCUCUUAAUCGACAUCUUUCUCGCGCGUAUGCAAGUAAUUUGGGUGGUUACAAAAAUGAGGGGUUUGUUGAAGUCCUUGCUGCUCAGCAAAGUCCUGAGAAUCCUAAUUGGUUUCAGGGUACUGCAGAUGCUGUGAGGCAAUAUUUAUGGCUUUUUGAAGAGCAUAAUGUUUUGGAAUACUUAAUUCUGGCCGGUGAUCAUUUGUAUCGAAUGGAUUAUGAGAAAUUUAUUCAAGCACAUAGGGAAUCUGAUGCUGAUAUCACUGUGGCUGCGUUGCCAAUGGACGAAAAGCGUGCAACUGCUUUCGGUCUGAUGAAGAUCGAUGAAGAGGGGCGUAUAAUUGAGUUUUCAGAAAAGCCGAAAGGGGAACAGUUGAAAGCUAUGAAGGUUGAUACUACGAUUUUAGGUCUUGACGAUGAAAGAGCGAAAGAAAUGCCUUUUAUUGCUAGCAUGGGUAUAUAUGUUAUCAGCAAAAAUGUGAUGCUUGACCUGCUCCGCGACAAGUUUCCCGGUGCAAAUGACUUUGGGAGUGAAGUGAUUCCUGGUGCUACUUCUGUUGGAAUGAGAGUACAAGCUUACUUAUAUGAUGGCUACUGGGAAGACAUAGGUACCAUUGAGGCUUUCUAUAAUGCAAAUCUUGGAAUCACCAAAAAGCCUGUGCCUGAUUUCAGUUUCUAUGAUCGUUCAUCUCCGAUUUACACCCAACCGCGAUACUUGCCUCCAUCUAAGAUGCUUGAUGCUGAUAUUACUGAUAGUGUUAUCGGAGAAGGAUGUGUGAUUAAGAACUGCAAGAUUUUCCACUCUGUGGUCGGGCUGCGAUCUUGCAUAUCAGAAGGUGCAAUUAUUGAAGACACUUUGUUAAUGGGGGCAGAUUAUUACGAGACAGAGGCUGACAAAAGCUUUUUGGCUGCUAAAGGCAGCGUUCCAAUUGGUAUUGGCAAAAACUCUCAUAUCAAAAGAGCAAUUGUUGACAAAAAUGCUAGAAUCGGAGAAAACGUCAAGAUAAUUAACAGUGAAAAUGUUCAAGAAGCUGCUAGGGAAACAGAAGGCUAUUUCAUUAAAAGCGGGAUCGUGACAAUAAUCAAGGAUGCCUUAAUUCCUAGUGGAACUGUCAUAUAG